UUCAAUGUUAAAAGGGAACGUACAGACGAACAGGUAAACGUGGAUCCAGCUAAAGUCGUAAUAUUUGCGGGAGACUGACGGGUUGAUCACAGUAAGAACACCUGUUUGCUCGAGCUGUGAUUUACCUGGAUGAGUCGCUGGAGAGUUCCGUAUGAAAAGCGUCUCCUUUGGGACCUGCCACCAAGGAACCAUACACAGUAAGCAGAACAGGCUGUCUCUGGGUAUUACUUCACCAUGGUUCUUACUAGUAAAACUGAGAAAGGAGUCUGUUGGGAGGUCCAAGCCAACAACCAAACUUUUCACAAGUCUUUGCGCCGCAGAUCAAUCCUAUGUGUACGCUGGGGGCGUUAUGCCGACAAUGUGGUGCGAAGCUACAAAUACACCCCCCUGACCUUUCUUCCCCUUAACCUGUACGAACAGUUCCAGAGAGCAGCGAACCUUUUCUUCCUGCUUAUUGUAAUUCUUCAGUGUAUUCCUAUGAUCGCCACCAUCCCAUGGUACACCACCAUGCUUCCACUGCUGUUUGUUCUGGUUGUGCGUGGAUGUAAAGACUUGGCCACGGAUGUGGGCCGACGUCGCAGUGAUUUACAGAUUAACAAGCGACCAUGUGAUGUACUUACACCAGAGGGAUUCAGAACGGUUAAGUGGAAAGAUGUGUGUGCCGGUGACAUUCUUCGGGUUCAUAAAAACCAGGUCAUACCUGCUGAUCUGCUUCUCCUGUGCAGCACUGAGCCACACAGCCUUUGCUACGUGGAAACUGCGGACAUUGACGGAGAAACCAAUCUGAAGUUCCGUCAGGCUCUGACCAUGACUCACACUGAGUUGAAAGCAGAUCAAGCGGAGAAAGAUCUGGCAGCUUUUAAUGGUGUUGUCUGGUGCGAAGAGCCAAAUGGUAACCUACACUCUUUCAAAGGCGAGUUGCAUUGGAAAGGAGAGCGCCACCUGCUGGAUGUAGACAACCUUCUGCUCAGAGGAACUGUACUGAGAAACACGGACACAGCAUACGGCCUGGCUUUAUACACAGGAAUGGCCAGCUCGGACAGUAAAAUCCUACAAAACUGUGGACAUCUAAUACUUAAGAAAACACAGGUGGAAAUGCUGCUGAACAAAACAGUGUUGGUGAUUCUAAUCUUCAUGUUGACGGUGGCUCUUCUCUUGGCUAUUGGGGCAGGGAUUUUCGAGUUACAAGUUGCUCCUCAACUCGAUGUCCUUGUUGCUCUGCAGCGAGGUUCUUCAGCUGCCUACCUUGGCUUCCUCAACUUUUGGGGAUACAUAAUAUUGCUAAGUCCUUCUAUGCCAAUGUCUCUCUACAUAACAUUUGAGGUGAUCCACGUGGUGCACUGCCUUCUGAUUGGCUGGGAUUUAGAGAUGUACUGGGAAGAUAACGACAGCCCCGCCCAGGCCCGUACAUCCACUCUGAAUGAGGAACUGGGUCAGGUGGGCCACCUGCUCAGCGACAAAACAGGCACGCUCACGCAAAACCGCCUACUCUUUCGUCAGUGCUACAUUAACGGAAAGAUUUACGGUGACAUGUCGCAGGAAUGCAAGCCAUUGGACUUGAGCUGGAAUCGCUUUUCCUGCGGUGGAUUUAAGUUUUCCGAUCAGCGAUUGGUGGAGAAGCUGCGUGGGCGGAGCAGUCCGGAAUGUCAGGAGUUCUUCACUGCUCUGGCCCUCUGUCACACUGUUAUGAGCGAGUGGAAGGAUGGUUUGCCUCAGUAUCAGGCUGCCUCACCGGAUGAGGAUGCUCUGGUGUGUGCAGCACGAGAACUCGGAUGGGUGUUCCUGUCCCGCACACGUGAGACCCUCACUAUCAGCGAUCUGGGCACCACGAGGAACUAUCAGCUCCUCGCCAUCUUGGACUUCACCAGCAAGAGGAGACGCAUGUCCGUGUUGGUUCGGGAACCCGGGGGUGAGUUAAAGCUGUACUGUAAAGGUGCGGAUAUUGUCAUUCUGGAGAGGCUUCAGAAGGACCGACCGCUUCAAGAGGAUACCGAGAGCGCUCUAGAUCUUUUCGCUCAGAACUGCUUGAGGACUCUCUGCGUGGCGGUACGGGUUGUGCCCGAAUCCCUGUGGAUUGAGUGGAGCCACGCCCUCAACAAGGCCAGCAUGGCGGGGGGUAACCAAGAGACCAUGCUGGAAGAGAUAUAUGAUCAAAUGGAAAGAGAAUUAAUGCUGCUCGGCGUGACCGCCAUCGAAGAUCGUCUGCAGGAGGGUGUCCCCGAGACCAUUGAAAUCCUACGGAAGGCGGGGAUUAAAGUGUGGGUGCUGACAGGAGAUAAAACAGAAACCGCAGUGAAUGUGGGCUACGCAUGCAAACUGAUGGAUCCUGACACUGCCCUUAUUCAAGGGGAGGAGCUUAGGCAGCUUCUUGAUUCACCUUCUCCAGAUGUUUGUGCCAUGUCCAAAGAGCCUGAGGUCUGGUUCACUGGGAGGAAAUCAGUGAAGAGCAAAACUGCGCUAGUCAUCGCUGGUCCUGAACUGGAGGAGCUUACCCAAAAUCCGGAGUGGGGGGCGAGGUUUGUCAAUCUGGCUGGCCAGUGCCAGUCCGUGUUGUGUUGCCGCGUCACACCAGCGCAAAAAGCUGAAAUAGUUCAGAUGGUCAAGAAAUAUUCGACUUCCAUCACCAUGGCGAUAGGAGAUGGCGCCAAUGACGUAAACAUGAUCAAAACGGCGCAUAUUGGUGUUGGUCUUUGCGGUGUGGAGGGGAGUCAAGCGGUGCAGAAUGCAGAUUUUGCUCUUGCGCAGUUCAGCUUCCUUCGCAGGCUGCUGCUGGUGCACGGCCACUGGUCGUACUACCGCGUCUGUGGAUUUCUCCUGUAUUUUCUCUACAAAACCACCUCAUUUGCUCUGGUUCACGUCUGGUACAGUUUCUACAAUGGCUACAGUGCUCAGCCCAUGUAUGAAAGCUGGUUUAUUACUCUCUACUCAACAACGUACACAUCCUUACCUGUACAGUGCCUUGGUAUUUUUGACCAGGACAUGAGCGCCAAGAGCUGCUUCAGCUGGCCGGAGUUCUACUCGGUCGGACAGGAAAGGAAACUAUUCAAUCCGUUGGUUGUGGCCCUCACACUUCUUUACUCCUUGUAUAGCUCCAUUAUCCUUUUCUUCAUCCCUAUGGGAAUAUUGCAGCACUCCACGCUGGAUUUUCAGACUCUUGCUAUUACUGUGGAAACAUCGGUGGUGUUUACAAGCACCGUCGAGAUUAUUCUGAAAACCAAAUACUGGACCAAAUACAGCUUUGCCGCCAUCGUUUUUAGUUUGGUCGCAUUCUUUCUGUCAACAUUUGUGCUGCAUAGCACACGCUUGUUUACUGCGUCACGGAAAGACUACUUUUUCCUGGGAGCGUCAUCGAACGCUUUCAGCAGCCCUGAGGUUUGGCUCACCAUAUUCGUGACUACCUGUGUUGCUGUUCUGCCUUCGAUGACCAUGAGAGCCCUAGAUGUUGUGUUAACAAACCCCAACAAACAUAAGAUCCACAGCUCGAAUGAGCCCGUCGUGCUUCAGUCGUGGUUUCAGAGAGGCACUCACCGUCGGCGUUCAUCUUAUGCUGUGUCUCAAGGGAAAGGCUUCGGGAAGUUAAUCACUACCGGAGUUGGGCUUCACUCUGCAGCACCCCCUGAGGAUAGGAGGGUUACACCAAAUGAUUUGAAUAGAGGUUCUCCACAGCAUGCACGCAUAGAAAUGAAUGGUAGUUACAGGGCGUGAAAGCAUUAUCUGUGCAAUAUGUAAUGCACCAAAAGUGUAAACAAGAUGUGAAAAAAGGAAGAAAAGUUGUAACCAACUGUGGUCAACAAGCCCGGGGUUAUGGUGCAUUUCAAAAGUGCAAAAAACUAAAUAUGGCAGUAAGUGAUGGAUCUUUAACAAAAAGAGAACCUUGUUGGGGAUGGUUUGUAAGUUUUAAUGCAAAAGAGAUGUAGCAGCUACAUUUGUCUUAACACUGUGAGAAUUCUAGGG